UAACCUCAAUAAAUAAGUGCUUCGGUGUGGUGUUGAUGUGGUGUGUAAGAAAGAAAAUUUAAUUCAUUUAAUCAUUUAAAGCAUUUUGAAGACAAUAAAGAAAGAGAAACAGUAGCCUCUCUUAUCCACUCUUUGUGUUACGAUGGUCAUUUUUCGCUGUUUGUUGAAAAGAACUUGUGAACUCAACAAUAUUCGUACUGUACCAAAUGUUUUUUACCAUCGCUGCUCAGUAUUCCGUACCAAUAAACAAGCUUGUGAAUUGAACGAUGGACCAAACAGCUCAAGCUCUGAAAAAUCAUCCGUAAGCAAAGAUGUUUUGAUAAUUAAUACACCUGUGCCUCAAGACUCACAGCGCUCAGAGUCUUCAAUCCCUCCAUCCUUUCCAUCAAAAAGCAAGUAUGAUGAUUCUAUUCCAAGUGUGUCUCUAGAAGCUCUCGGCAUACGUAUUCCCCAUGCUUUGGACACUUGUUCCGAAAAUGUAUCUCAUGCGGCACCUCCCUUGCAGCCAUCGGUAUCUUUUGCUGCAUAUGUGAAUGACUCUCCCACUCUGCAGGAGCUAGUGAAACUAGAUGUGCAGCUGUGGAAAUUUGAGAAGAAACCCGAUAUAUGCAAUUACAUUCUUAGUCUGGACUAUGACAGAGAUAUGAAAAAUCAUCUCUUGUUCUUACACAAAAUUGGUGUCCCAGGAGAAAAUUUUGGAAAUAUAAUCACUAAAAAUCCUUUUAUUUUUAAAGAAGAUCUAGACAACCUUCAAAUUAGAGUUAAUUAUCUGGAAUCAAAAAAAUUUACGGGGCCAGAGAUUGCAGAAAUCAUAAUGAAGAACCCAAGGUGGCUUUCCUACACGACUCAAGACAUUGACACCAGGUUAGGAUUUCUCCAGCAUACCUUAAAUCUAACUGGACAGGAGGUGCGUUUGAUCGCUGUUGGAGAACCUUAUGCUGUAACAAAAGACACUGCAGACAUUUCGAUUUUAGUUUUCUGCCUUAAAGAAGAGAUGGGAUUCGAAGAUGAAGACAUCACAGCAAUAGCAGUUAUGGAACCGAGAUUACUCACUUAUAAAAAUUUCAGACUGUUGCCGACAUUUAAUGAAAUUCACAAUGAAAUGGGAAUCCCGCAUGACUUAAUCGUAAAACAACCACAAGCUUUGAUGCGAUCUCCUCGUAUUAUUAGGCAGAGGCAUCUUUACUUGAAGCUGAUAAAACGUGAUCAAUAUGAUCCAAAGAAAGAAAACUACGUUUCCUUACAGGCAUUAGUUGAUGGAGAUGAUACAGAAUUUUGUAAAAAUGUAGCGAAAACAAGUGUAGAGUCUUACAACACUUUUCUGAAAACAUUGUGAAGGUAACUCGCUUUCUCAAAGGUCCCCCUGAAUUCAGACUAGGAUUCAUUUUCAAAAGGUUACCCCCAAUCAUUUGUCAUCAUGUUUGCCCAUCUGUCCGACUUUAAAAAAAAAAACAACUGUUUCAUGAGAUGAUCAGUUUAAAACAUAACAACCAAUAGUUAAAAAGUGAUAGUAGAAUGUGAGUUCGCGAGGAAAUUUAUUUGUGGUGCUAUUAAAAUCUCUUUAUUCUGUAUGGCUUUGCUCAUAAAUGAGUUCUUGGUCAUUUUCUCACAUUUUUUAUUUUCACAACAAGACUUGAUCUAGUCACUAAACUGUUGCUGAAGUGGUAGGUUUUUUAAGAAGACGGAUAUUUGGAGUUAGUCCAAUUUUUUUUGGGAUAAGAAAAGGAAUCUACUCUUCAUGUGUGAUUUAAGCUGUGGAGGAGAAAAGAAGGAGGGUGGUUGUUCAAUUAGUUUUAAAAGAUGGCUUUUGAAUUCAUAUUCAAAUCAAAUCUGCAAGCGGCGAAAAGUGCUGAGAAUUUCACUUGAGCUCUCUUGAUGGUUUAUGUAGCAGUCUGUUGCUGUCCUAGUUUCACUGCAACAUUUUAGAAGUCUUUGGUCCGUGGGAACAUAUUUUUAGGUGCCAUUUACAAUCUUCUUGAUUGAUAAUUUUUGGUAGCAAACUCAACAAGACGCAAGGGGCUGCAAGACCAAAAGAAACGCAGAAAAAUCAAGUCCCAAUGAAUAUUUUACAUGCCACUUUUGGCGCAGUGCCGCUUAUGUUUAGCCAAUGAAUCCUGCCUUUUAGGCUUAUAUAGCCCAUGGCGCCUGAUCAAGUUUGAAUACCCCAGUCCACUCAUAGCAUAAGGUGUGUUUUUGAAAAUACUUUCAUGUAAGAUCAAAUGUAGACAGUCAUCCUAUCAGUUGUAACUAAACAAGCUUAAUAUUGAUAUCAACACUAAAGAGUAAGUAUGUAUCAUGUUCCAUGACUGUUGGCUUGUAGGGUGCAAUUUGUUGAAACUUCUUGGUGUGUGUUAGGAAGGCUCUCACUCCAGGCAGUUUUUCCUAUUAAUUUUUCAGGAAAUCAUCUUGCUCAUAUUAUGGACAACACUUCUGGCCUAUCUACAAAGCAGCAUGAUCAGAACUGAGCUCUUUGUUCUAAAAAAUCGACUUGGCUAUGUAUGUGUCACCUUUUUUUUUUUUUUUGCUGAAUGGCUACACUAUUACCGAUGAAACGACAAGUAAUGUUAUGGUCUAAUGUUUUGAAAGUGUGUGAAGCCAUGUAUUUUCUGUAAACGGAACUGAAUAUCAUUAUGAAAAUAACAGCCAUCUGGUGAAGGUAUCACCUCCUGUCAGUCAAAAUGUAUUUAUCAAUAAAUAGCAUCAUGCAGUGAUCUUACCAUGAAAA